AUGCUUUUUAACUACGCCGUCUGUCCUGCGGGCAAUUCUAUAGACCAAACAUCGACCGAGGCCUUGGCUCCGGGUGAUAUAGGUAUAUGCCGUCCUGGUCUCAAUGGCUCUGUGUUGGCUAAAUUGCCUCUCCUAACAGAAGGGAAAUCGUUCGCCUUCCUGAAGAAAAGCCUGUCAGAUGUUGGAGGCCUUGAGUGGGGUGAAAUGUCCGGGUCAUUUCAGCAAGAAGUGAAAGUGAGAGACAGCGAACGCUGCAUCGUCACGGGCACACCAUCCAAUGAAGCUUCUCUGGUCAUCAGCUGGAUCUAUCCUCCAUUCCUUGCAUCUUUCGACAUGGAAGAAGACAUCACCCAAUAUCUUUCAGUUACAAAUGCACUGACAAUGAGAGAAGAUCUUGCCAAAGGCUUCGAAGAGAAUGAAUUUGGCAUUGAUGUUGAUGAUAAUUACCGUAUCGUGUCGUUUGUUCCCUCGGCACCCUCUUACCUGUUGCCUCAUACCCAUCUUGAUCUGUCCCACUUCAGUCCGAAUGUGCGCCCGAAUGAGCAAUACCUCAGACGUCACUUUAUCAUGUGCCUCGUGGUCAACUUCCUCGGUGGAGAUAUCUCCAAGCAAUAUGAGGACAUCGAUCCGGACGAAUUCUGGGAAGAGCGUGGUGUGUUCGACGAGGACUAUGACUUCAACGAACCGGAGUGGCACACGGAGCUAGGGCGGGAGGCGAAAGCACUACUCCUCAGAAGAUGGCCAGGAAGAUACCAAGACUAG